AUGCUCGCAACAGAGGAGCCUGCAAAUAUCGAGGACGCCUCCCAGGCCGGCGAGCCACCCGAGGAUCCCGAAACGGCCGCGACUCAGCCCGAUAACGACCAAGAGGCCGCUGCAGAUGCCGAAAACGCCCCUGCUGAAGAGGCCGCUGGCGAUGCUCCUGAUUCGGCCGAGCAGCCCGAGGAGCCACGUCCCGAAAGCCAGCCUCCAGUGCUGGACGAGAUUGACCAACACGAACUCGAGUACCUCGAGAAGCGCGAAGCCAAGCGGCAAGAGCUCUUGGUAGACCUCCUCGACAGAACCAAGGUCCCGACCACCUACUACAACAACAACAAGAAAGAGGAGCUGGUGAUCGAGUAUGUCGAAAACUUCCAGCGACAGUAUGUCCAGCUGUAUCCCGGCCGCAAGGAGCUGCUGUUGUUCCCGACCAACGAGUUUGGUCUGCGCAAAUUCGUCUGCACAUCGAUCCGCCCCACGCAGCUGCCAUUCAAGGAGCUCUAUGACUACCAAUCGUGUGCCAAGUUUGUUGCAGACUAUCUGACUUAUGAGGAACUCGAUCCGCCGCACGAGCUGCCCAAAUCGCUUCCGUCGCCAACCUUCACACUCAAGCUCCAGUCGGGCAACUGCUUCGACUUUUCGUUGCUGCUGGUGUCGCUCCUGCGAGGCGUGGGAUACGAUGCCUAUGUGGUCUCGGGUUACGCGUCUCGGGACAUCACCCUCGUCGACGAGACCCGGUUCGACACGGUCAAGCUCGGGAUCGACCCACCUGAAUCGAUGCCCAGUGCCGGCGGGGAGCCUGUGGCGGCGCUGUCCAAGUCCGAGCUCUCCGAAAAGGACGCCGCCGAGAUCCAGCCGAGAUACAAGGUCAAGGAGCCCAGGGUGCUGAGGAGCCAGUUUAUCAUGAAACAGGAUGAGAAGCGCAAGGCCGAGUUCCGGAAGCUGCAGGAGGCAAAGCUGGCGGAGAUUCGUCGGGCCAGGAUGCUCGCCGAGGAAGAUGUCGAUGAACUCAAGGGCCUCCGCAUCCACGCCUGGAUUCUGGUUCUUCCAGGAAAACGCGAAGUUGCUGAGGCGUUCUUCAUCGAGCCCAGUACCGGUCGCAUCUACCCAACCGAGCACGAGAAUUACCUCGGCGUGGAGAGCGUCUUCAGCUCGACCAACUAUUGGGUCAAUAUGCAAGUCUGUUAUGAGGGUCUCAAGGGAAUCUCUUUCGACCUGGGCGAUAACUCCAAAUGGGAGUUCCUCCUUCUUGGAAACACCCAGCCAGGCGGAAACAUUGUCAAGAACAACGAUGACGACGACGACAACCAAGGCAACGACAACCAGUCCGAGGAGGACGAAGAAGAAGAUCUGGUGCUUUCCAAGGAUCAGUUCGAGUCCAGAUGUCCAAGCGGCAGCAAAACGUCGUACUUUCGCAACGCCAAACUGGAAACCUUUGCAGAGUACCACAGAAACGACGGCAUGGUGUCCCGGGUGACGUUCUAUUCGAACGAGGACAUUGAGUUCAACGGCGAGAUCCGUGAGAUUUUUAUGAACCGAAGAGACAAGCUGUGCAAGCGCAUCAGGAACCCGGAUGUGGACCGCGUCCACGAGUUCUUUGACCCCGGGCGACAGCCCGGACUCAAGGAGCACCUUCUCAUCGCCGGCAACACGGCCGAGAUGCAUUUUUACCCCGAAGCACGAUCGGACGGGCUCGUCAAGCGAGUCGAGACCGAGAACAAGACGAUGGAAUACUUUACCAACCGCGAAGAUCGAUUGAUUUACAGAAGCGUUACGUACGAUGUAUCAGAGACGCAACAAGAAGAGACACUCGGAGAACCAACCCCGGUCUUCAAGAUGACCGAGAAGUUCUCGAGGAACCUUGCAAUUCCGGCGACGGAAGAUAUUUACAAAAAGACGUACUUUCCGGAUCGGAUCAAGAUUGUGUACCACCUUGGCGAAGGACGUGUCAUUCCAUCCAUGCGGGAAUACAAGCGAACGGCGAUUGAGCAGAAGGCUGCAUCGGUGGAGCUGCUAAACUCGUUCGAGGUCAACCCAUACCUCAAGAACCCAAAGAAGCAGCAUCUGUAUGCUCAGUUCUGCGGCCUCCUCAAGGCCGAGGCAGCGUGCAUGAUCGACAUCAAGCGAUCUCAGAAGGAAGCCAGCGAGAUCGUGGCUGCUCGGCUCAACGAAGAAAAGGAGGUGGCACUGACGAUAUCGAUCUACGACACCACCCGGAAUGAGACGAAACUACCAAGCGAAAGGGAAACUGAGAUCCACAAGGCCACAGAGAUCGAUGCUGCCGCUGCCGAGAUCGACUAUCUAUCACCGUUCCUGGUGUCGUAUCCCAACCCAAGCGGCCUCUCGAGCAAGGAGGCGUACGAUGUGUGGCAGGCGUGCCUGGGGCAUGCCAGCGAGAGAAAGACCGAGAAACUCGCCAUCAUUCAAGCCCGGCUGGACGAAGUCAGCGCCGAGUAUCAGCGGCGCCAACUUGCGUACUCGCGCAAUGCCGAUUCGAUGAGCGUCGAGGAGACCGAGGCGUAUGUCAAGUUCUGCGACGAAGCACUGUUCCGAAUCCACAUCCUGGAGAAGCGUGUGGCCGCGGAAAAACUCGCAGGCCCGUUGCGGUAUGCUGAGCUGGAGGGCAAGCUCCGCCAAGACUCGCGCCUGCGGGAGGCCAAUGGCAUGUCGCUGCCAUGAGCAUCCAGACAGCAGCCGCGUGAUGGCGGUGGGGCUGGGGGCAAUGCAAGCGGCGGCGAUGCGUGUCUUGUCUGUCGUUUCUCGGAAAGGCGAUUCGUUUCUUGGAAAGGCAGCGGGCAUAUCUUGGCAUUGUAAUGGCAUCUCCUGGAAUAGAGGCGGCAGUCCAAAAGCGGACGAGCCAAACGACACCCCGAACGGCC